AUGAGGGAGGGACAGCCCAAUGAGAAGAAUAAGCAAGACUCUCCCUUGAAAAACCCACCUCCCAAAAGGAAGAGAUCUGUGAACAGCACACCUCCUCUGGGUGACAUCAGUAAGAGACAGACAAGAGAGAGCCCCUUAAUCAGUAAGAAAUCCACUGAAGAGGAGCAAGAAUUCACCGUCAACUUGGGUGAUGGUGGCAAGGAUCAUGUGGUGACAGGCAAAACCCAUGACAGCAUCUAUAAAGCCCUGACAGCACAAGCAGACAUCCAUGCUCGGUUGGACAAAGAGAAGGGCAAAGAGAUGCACCUACUGGGGAAAAAAGGGAUUGAGGGGUAUGUUAACUUGGGGAUGCCUCUCAAGUACAUUCCUGAGAAUUCCCACUUUGAAAUGAAUUUUUACAAAGUGAAUAGGAAUCCAAAAGAAGGCAUGGUGGGAUACCAUCAGUUUGAGAGCAAGGGAAAGAAAUGCAUAAUAUUUUAUGUCUCCUCUGUUGGCAGUAGAUUGGAGAACAAUGCUCGUACAAGAAUUCUUUGGUGCCAGCAGCUUGUUAAAGACCUGAUCAAGUUGUGUGUCUUUGCUCCAAAAGGGGAGACCAUCAAGGAUGCCUUAUGCAAAGAUGGCUGGUUUCAUUCUUGCUUGGAGAAAAAAGAGUGGAAGUUGGUGGAGAAUGGAAAGUGCAGAACUAGUGAUCACUAUGUUGAUAAUCUAGCCAACAGGUCAUUUGAGGUGGUGGUUAAAACUAAGCAACCUUUCAAGGCAGGGGAUUGUUCAAGGAAUGACCAGUCCCGCAUGGCCUCCAAGGAGGGGCAGGGGAAGACUUACUAUUACUUUAAAAGUAGUAUCCUGGACCUGUAUCCUGACUUGAAGAAACAAAGUACAGUGAUUGACGAGCUCUUCGCAAAAGCCUUUGCAAAAGCCUUGGCGGAAGGGAAAUCGAAGCGUGCUGUGUUCAAACUGUACAGGGAGAACUUUGGGAAGGAGACUAAGAACUCCACUCUUAUUAAGGUGCACAAACGCCUUGGUGUUCUCAGUGACUCUGUGGGGUUUAUAGAGUGGGCCAACAAUGGAAAUGAUGGCUCUGCCACUUGCUUUGUCUUGCAUGAUAAGUACAUACUCACCUGUCAACAUGUGGUAGGGCAUAUUGUUGGUGAAGGAGUGGAGGAGAAGGACUGGGCGUCGAUAAUCAGUCACUCUGCCCGUGUGACUUUCUCUUAUGAAGAUAAAUACCCAAAGGAAAACAGCUGGUUUUCGCUAGCUCCUUGGUUUGAAAUAUCUGACAAGGAUCUUGAUUUUGCUGUCCUGAAACUGGAAGAAGGUGGAAGCUCGUUCCAAGUAGGUCUAGUGCAAUUUUCUCACCCAUUGCCAUUUAAUGGUCUAAUCUAUAUAAUUGGCCACCCGGAUGGGCAAGCGAAAUCUGCAGAUGGCUGUACUGUGGUCCCUGUAUUUGAGCGGAACCAGGAUCGUAUCCAGCGUGGUCAGAAGGAGAUGUGCAACAGUGUCAGAUGUGGCCCAGAGGAGAGGCGGUGCAUUCACAUGUUCACCCAAAGUUUCCAGGAUGUGAUCAACAAUCCCAAUGUAGUCACCUAUGACACCAGCUUCUUCUUUGGGUCUUCUGGCUCACCGGUGUUCAGUGCAGAUGGCCAGCUGGUGGCCAUGCACACCGCUGGUUAUCAAUAUGAAAAGAAUAAGCAGCUGCACAGCAUUGUUGAGUUUGGCUUUUCCAUGAUGGCCAACCUUGCAGCAAUUAAAAAGAAGUAUAAAGCCUGGUAUGAGUUUGAGCUCCCCUCCCUUGGGGAAGAUGCUAGGUCUUGUCCUGGUGAGCAUGAGGAUUUCACCAGUGCUUACACCAACGACAUAGAAAUGGAAACCUUGGAAUAA